CUCCUCACUGCCCACUUGUUUGCAAGCGGUAGUGGACGACGCUCCGCUCCCAACCGAGACGACGAGCCGCCCAAGACGACGAGCCAUUUACUCCCACUCCCAAUCCCACCACGCCCCCGCAUUGUUUCAAAAUUCUCGAUUCGGUCCGUGGUGGCAGCCGCGCGGCGGCCGGCGAGGGGGCUCUCUGGGUAAGAGGGGAGGGCCUUGCCGUGCUGCAAGGUCGCCGGCGGCGGCGGAGGGCGUCGGAGGAGAGGAGGAGAGGAAGGAAGGGAGGAGGAGCAGCAGCGGUGGAGGUGUGAAGGGGCGCGCCGCCCAUGGACACCACGCGGGGGGUCGCGUGCCUGCUCGUGGCGGUGAUCUGCUUGUCGUGUGCUGCCGCCGCGGCCGCGAGGUCGCCGGCGGCGAGGCUGCACCGCCACCUCAAGCGGUUCAACAAGCCGGCCGUGAAGAGCAUCGAGAGCCCAGAUGGGGACAUCAUAGAUUGCGUGCACAUCUCCCACCAGCCAGCGUUUGAUCAUCCUUACCUCAAGAACCACACUAUCCAGAUGAGACCGAACUAUCACCCCGAAGGCCUGUAUGACGAAUCCAAGACCAAUGUGGCCUCCACCAGCAGUGGCGAGAAGCCUAAGGUUCAGCUCUGGCAUCAGAAUGGCAGGUGUCCGGAAGGCACCGUCCCCAUCAGGAGAACGAAGAAGGACGACCUGCUCAGGGCAAGCUCAAUGCGGAGGUACGGUAGGAAGCGACACACCACCGCGAACCCAAUGUCGGUCAAUCCCACCAUGCUCAAUGAGGGUGGCCAUCAGCAUGCCAUAGCGUACGUUCAAGGCGACAAGUACUACGGCGCCAAGGCAACCAUCAAUGUCUGGGAGCCCAAGAUCGAGCAGCCUAACGAGUUCAGCUUGUCCCAGCUCUGGAUCUUGGGGGGGUCAUUUGGGGAGGAUCUUAACAGCAUCGAGGCUGGAUGGCAGGUUAGUCCGGACCUGUAUGGGGACAACAACACAAGGCUGUUCACCUACUGGACCAGUGAUGCGUACCAAGCAACAGGGUGCUACAACAUGUUGUGCUCCGGGUUCGUUCAGAUUAACAGCGAGAUUGCCAUGGGUGCCAGCAUCUUCCCGACCUCAAGCUACUCUGGCUCCCAAUAUGAUAUCAGUAUACUGAUCUGGAAGGACCCGAAGGAGGGCAACUGGUGGAUGCAGUUCGGCAAGGACUACGUGCUGGGCUACUGGCCAUCGUUCCUCUUCUCGUACCUGGCGGACAGCGCGUCGAUGAUCGAGUGGGGCGGGGAGGUGGUGAACUCGCAGCCUGACGGCGUGCACACAUCAACGCAGAUGGGCAGCGGGCACUUCCCGGAGGAAGGGUUCAGCAAGGCGAGCUACUUCAAGAACAUCCAGGUGGUGGACAGCACCAACAACCUCAAGGCCCCCAAGGGGCUGGGCACCUUCACUGAGCAGUCCAACUGCUACGACGUGCAGAACAGCAACAAUGGCGACUGGGGCACCUACUUCUACUAUGGAGGCCCCGGGAGGAGCUCCAACUGCCAGUAACUGCGAAAGCGUAACCACCAUUCGAGUGUAGUGCACCGUCUGCAAGCAUCAGUUUUCUCGUAGCCCUAGAUCAAUGAGGUUGUUUUGUGCUGGUUUGUAGUAGUUUCUCUCUGUUGAGCUUCUUCUCUCUCUUUUUUUCUUCCUUGUUACUGCCAGGAAGGCUUCUGAAGAGAAGCAUGGCAUGUGGUGGUGAUGCGUUGCCCUUAUGGUGGCCUACCUCCUUUUCCUAUAUGGUAGAUUCACUUCUCCUUGUGGUUAUGGGCUGUGUUUUUUUUUCUUAUCACCUUUUUUUUCA